CCGCGGCAACCUCCCGGGGGUUGACCAAUCACAGUGACCAAUCAGCGAGCGGCUCCUGAGUCCUUAGCAGCCAGGCCACGUGGUUAGCAGCAUGGAGGCGGCAGAGGAAGCAGCACAUGUGCCCGGUUCUGACAUGGCGGAGGGGAUCCAGGUGCUGCUGGGAGAUCAGAGCUGUGACGGUGCUGCCCCUCCUCACUGCCCGCACGGCCCAACGUUAUUAUUUGUAAAGGCGUCUCAGGGUUCAGAACCGGGCAGAAGAUUCUAUGCGUGUUCAGCCUGUCGGGACAGAAAGGAAUGUCAUUUUUUUCAAUGGGCUGACGAAAAGGUUUCACAAGUCCGACUUCUAGCAAGAGAAGAGUAUAAUCGCAGCUGUCAGCCCCCCAUGACACACGACCAGUGCAUGACAAGGUUUCAAGAAUUCACUGGUCUCCCAUUGGCAAAAAGAAAGUUUUGCAAAAGCUGCCAGCAGCUGUUAUUGCCAGGUGACUGGAGAACACACUCUGGUCACAGUCUGCUUGCUGAUGUCUCCGCAGCUCAGUUGAAGAGUCCCAGUCAGCUGCUGCAUCCACUGGAGAAUAAAAAAAGUAACGCACAGUACCUGUUUACUGAUAGAAGCUGCACUUUCCUCCUGGACACAAUUAUCAGACUAGGAUACAGAAGGGUUUUGUGUGUCGGCACUCCCAGGUUACAUGAAUGGGUCAGAAUUCAGAGUUGCAAAGGCUCCAAGCCAAAAGUGAAAAGUCUCCUAUUAGAUAUUGAUUUCAGAUAUUCUCAGUUCUACAGCCAGGAGGAAUUUUGUCAUUACAACAUGUUUAAUCAUCAUUUCUUUGGUGGAGAGGGGGCACAGGACACAUGUAAGAGGUUCCUACAGGAAGAUGGUGGUGAAGGGGUCCUCAUGGUGACGGACCCUCCAUUUGGAGGCUUAGUGGAACCACUGGCUUUCAGCUUUAAUAAAAUAAGUAAAAUGUGGAUGACCUCAUCAAACAUAGGAAAUUCUAAAAUGCUGCCUGUGUUUUGGAUCUUCCCCUACUUCUUUGAACCUCGUAUUGUGCAGUGUUUUCCUGAUUUCAGCAUGUUGGAUUAUCAGGUGGAUUAUUUUAACCACACCAUGUACAAGCAUGGGAAAACUGGAAGGAAACAGUCGCCUGUCCGUAUUUUCACCAGUAUUUCCCCAGAAAAUAUUGUGCUUCCAGCAAGUGAAGGCUACAGGUACUGCUCCGUGUGUAAGAGAUAUGUGUCUUCUGAAAAUAAGCACUGUGACGUCUGCAAUGCAUGUACUUCUAAGGAUGGUAGGGAAUGGAAGCACUGUGACCUAUGCAACAAAUGCGUGAAGCCAUCCUGGUCUCACUGCUCUUCCUGUGGCCACUGUGCCCUGAGGGAUCACUCCUGUGGCAGUGUUGUGGACGGCUGUUUUCUGUGUGGAGGAAAAGGCCACAAGCGCAGUAACUGUCCUCGCCGUCAUACGACUGGGAAACACAAGAAAAUGAAAACUCUUCGUAAAACAAAUGUAAGAGUAAACUUGAAGAAGAAUAUCCAUGUUUCAUCUGGUCACAAGAAUAAGAAGAAAGGCAGGAAGAGUAAGAAAAACGUUCACCCCAGAUAAGCAGAAAGGACUACUGAACAUCACAUUACUCAGGAUGCAUUAUCUGUAGUGCAGGCUGGGGUUUGAAUCCACGAUUUGCAGUGAUUGGAUAUAUUUUUAUAUCCUGUCCGACAUAGUGUAUUCUGUCUUUUGAGUUGUCAUUAAUAAAAACUGUCUAUGGACUUGGUUGGCAUAA